CACUCGCGGCGGUACCCCAGUUGUAUAUAUACCUUAUCUCCUCGCUCGUCGCCCGUCUGCCGCCAAUAAUCCGAGACUCCUUUUUUCCAACAUGAUCCGACGCCUGAAACUGCGGAUCCUGGCGAAAGAGGCAGAUUCGUGUUUGGCCAGUCUGCCAGCAGCGUUAUUAUAGCUGCAGAUGCGAGUCGUGGCUGCUCGCUGGCGUAAUACACGCACUGACACAUGUGUUCGACUGCUCGUGUGUCGACAGGCGCUCCAAAGAGCGAGAGAGAGAGUGAGAAAAAGAGAAAGACCGAGAGAUCGAGUGUGCAAAUGAAAGAGAGACGAUCGGACACGAUGAGUUGUAUACCUAUACGAUGUUGCAGCUCUUGUUGAUCGGAUAGUUUUAAUUGAUAGCGCCUCUCGUCGUCAGUGUGCGCGCGAGUGCCUUAUUGUUCGCUUGCUUCGGACCGAGCGUCGCUCGCUCAAUUUCGCCUGUUUAUUAUCUUCGGACCGAGCGUCGCUCGAGUACUUUUUUUUUUUUUUUUUUACUGAUUACAACUCGUGCCAGGCCACGGGAGCGUGCUGGACUUGCACGAUUAGCAGUGCGGCCUUUGAUUGUGCGGGCCCGCGCGCGAUUAUUCUGCUUUCGCAGUUCUCUGCCUGUCUGGCUGCAGCUCUGCCUUGUACUUUCAACUCGACGUUAAUAUACGCGCGUGCAUCAACUGAUACUGCUUCGAUAUACGAGCUAAAAUAUAUUCGUGCAUACACAUAAAUAUAUUACAUGCGUGUAUACGUACACACGCGCGCUUACAUAGGUAGAAAGAAGAAUACUUGCGUUGUGCGUCAGUGUUGUUGCGUGCACUCUAUAUGAACCUACGUUAUUUGCUCGACCGUGUCGGAAUCGAGCGAUACGUAUCCGACGACCAUGAAGAAACAAUUUUUCAGGGUCAAGCAGCUCGCUGAUCAAACCUUCUCCAGAGCUGAAAAAACUGAAGUCCUUACUGAUGAUUUGCAAGCAGCGGAUAAACAUGUUGAACAAAUUAGAGCAGCCCUUGUGGGCCUCAACAAAAGACUUUCUAAUAAGUCCAGUGAGUCCACUAAAGAAGAUACUCAUAAAGAAAAACGCCUUAAAAAAUGUCCUGAAUAUAUUUUGGGACAAACAAUGCUGGAUAAUGCAGGAGAAGAAGGUUUAAUGACUUACACUCUAACGGAAUGUGGAAGAGCACAAAUUGCCUUGGCUAAUGAAAUUGUAGAUCAUGAAUCAAAAGUUGAACAAUAUGUUUCAGUACCUUUGCAAAGUAUUUUAGAUUCAGAUGUUCCAAAUAUUUUGAAGCACAAACGAAAUCUACAACGUCUUAUCUUAGAUAUGGAUAGCACACGAACACGUUAUCAUCAAGCCAGUAAACAUAACAGUACUGGUGCUACCAAAGUAGACAGUUUAAAAGAUGAAUUAGAGGAAGCUGAAUCUAAAGUUGAAGCAUGUAGAGAUCAAUUAGCUGCUGAAAUGUUCCAACUUAUGUCAAGAGAAUCUGAGCUUGCCCAAACCAUUAUCCAGUACGUUAAAUUACAGAGAGCAUACCAUGAAAGUGCUCUGCAUUGUCUUGAAGAUUUAAUACCUGAUUUAGAAUGUUACAUAAAUGAUAAUGAAAUGAAACCAGUGUAUGGAUACUCCUUAGAAGAACAUUUGAGAGUCACCAACCGCAAAAUUGCUUUUCCUAUACAGUUAUGUAUAUCAGCUCUUCUGAGACUGGGUAUGGAAGAGGAAGGAUUGUUUAGAAUUGCCAGUGGUGCUUCAAAAUUAAGAAGAAUUAAGUUGAGCUUUGAUGCUUGUUGCUUAACUCUUCCAAUAGCUUUAGGGUAUAAAGAUUCUCAUGUGAUAGCUGGAGCAUUAAAGUCUUAUUUACGGGAACUACCAGAACCUUUACUUACAUAUAAACUGUAUCCUGAAUGGAUGGCAGCUGCAAAAAUUCCUCACACUGAUUCAAGACUUCGGACAAUGUGGGAUGUACUUCAUAAACUACCAGCUCCUAAUUUCGAGAAUCUAAAGUUCCUCAUCAAAUUUUUUUCCAUCUUAGCAAAAAAUCAAGAAAUUAAUAAAAUGACACCUUACAAUAUUGCAAUAGUGGUAGCUCCAAAUUUGAUGUGGAAUUCUCAAGAGGAUCCAACAACAGUAGUUAUGGAUGCAGCAAACAAUUCUAGUCUGAUAGUUGAGCAAAUGAUAACAUAUGCCGACUGGUUCUUUCCCGGUGAAGUCGAUUUUGAUCGUGAACUAGACAUCAGCGGAAUGAUAAACGGAUCUGAAAUGAGUACUCCAACGUCUAGUGGUCUACGGCGUUGUGUCUCGCAAAGUAGUCUUAGUGAUCAUGCUGAAAGUCCGACUCACGGUAGCCCAAAACCAGCCACACGUAGAAAAAAUAAACCUGCUCCAACCCCACCGUGUGGCAAUACUCCAGAUAAACAAUCGGUUCAACACGAGAAGAGGCCGGACGACAAACCACCACCUGCGCCUGAUAAGCCACCUCGGCCAGUUAAUACAUCGACAUUAAAUCGACCAUCUCACAAGGCUCUAAAGCAAGAAACUAAUCCUGAUGUAUUACGGGGUAGUAAUGGCACUUCAACCCCUCAUAAAACAGAUACUAAGUUGAAUAAAAGUAUGUGUCGAAGCUUGGACAGCGAUACAAAAUCUAUAGAUUUGGAGAGUCCAAAAAAAUUUGAUGAUUCAAAGGAGGAAUCAAAUCUUUUAGACACAGUAAAAUUGCAACAUUCAGAAAUUACUUUUCCCAGCAAUAAAAUUGACAAUCAUGUUAAAAAAAGUAAAGAAAUUGAUAAUUUCACUCACAUAGGUUUUGAAAUGUUCAACCAGAAAUUAGAUAAUUCAUCGGCGGACUUGUUAAGCAAAUCUUUUAAUGUAACAUUGACAGAUACACCAAUAAUGACACCAGAAAGUUUCGAAAAAAUAGACUCACCAAAAGCGAAAACAUCAGAUGAAGUACAAGCUACAUCGUCUUUGGAAAGACGGAAGCCCGUGGCUGCUCCCCGAGUUGCAUCGAAUUCUGCACAGAAUCAACAAGAAGAAAAUGUUGAAUUACGUAAAAAAUUUGAAUCCAUCUUAACCAUGAACGAUCGAAAUGGUAAACCAGCUAUUCCAGAACGACCAGCUGGACUUGCUCGACCUCAGAGUUUGAUUCGGCCGCAUCCACGACUUAGUAACGAAAAUUUGGAUUCUAGCCCUGCGCCAAUGCCCCUCGAACGCUCACAAAUGCAUUCUAUGGAAAAAUUGCAGCAGGUCAGUGUAGUGCAAGUACAAAAUGGAAAUAAUAUCCCGUCCGAAAACAGCAGCAACAAAAUUAGCAUCACGGGCAACGUGAACUUGCAAAGAAGUCCUAGUGUAGGCAGUCGGCCUGCCUCGAUGUCAGUGUCUCAACAUCACCUCGACACCACUGGUGGUUCGAGCGUGGGCCAUACCAACAGUCUUCACAGGCCUGAAAAACCACCUCGACCAGAUUUACCCGAACAAAUACGUUCGCAUUCACGCACGCGAUCGGAAGGUAACAUAGUUGAUGUCCAGACUCAAAGCGAUACUGCUGUUACGCACCGGUCUCUCAAUCAUCAGCACUUACAACAGCAGCAGUUACCAGCUUCACCAAGGUUUCAUCAACGACCUCCAAGACCUCAGCCUCCACCGCCACCUCCGCCAACUAAUGUUAGAUCUAAGUCUGAUAACGAAAGCACUAAUCUUUAGUGACCUUUAAUGUUGGUUAACUGAAAAGGAAUAAUUGUUAUUUCGUUCACCUUGUUACGAUUAUGCAGGUUGAAAUGGGUUAUUUAAAAUAUUUCUCUGACUGUAGCUAUCGUACAUGGUUUUUAUCAAUUUAUUAUUUGACAGUUGUUAUCGGCAAGAAAAUACCGAAUAUUCAAUCAUUAUUAGUAACACAAGUUGAACAAGUCAUCAUUAAUCUUAACUUGAUGCAAAAGUCGGCUUUUGAAAUUUUAUCAAUUAAAGCUUAGUUACUAUUACGUUCAUUGGUGCUUUCUUCAAUGAAUUUCGUCUUUAUAAAAACUGUAUGUAAAUUAAGAGUCAAUUAUGUUGAAGUUUGGCGAAUAUAAUGAUCAAAUAUUUGACAAUGUUAUAACUGGAUGUUCGAAGGUUUUAUUAUGAAAAUUAUUUUUAUUAUUCUACUUUUCAUAAAAAAAUGUUACUUAUUCACUUUGAAAAACUUAAAAAUGUUUUCAGAUAUAAAUCAGGUAUUUUUGCAAUAUAUAGUUUUUAUACCUACUACUGUUUUUCGUAACAUAAUGUUGCGAUAUCACAUAAGUGUGUUGAAAUUUUAUUGAAAUAGGAGACGAUUUUGCCUCGAUCUCUUUUUCCAAUGUUAUUAUCUAACGCACAGGGUUUAAAUGUGCUAGCAUUUAAAGAUUACAUCAAUUCUAAGUUAAUUAAUGAGAUGCAUUUCUCUAAUAUGUUGGGCCAAGCAUAAGUUUGCUAUUGGAUUUAAGAUUAAUUGUAAAACUUCAACGACUUACGUUGAGUUUCUUACAUUCAUAACAACUACAUUAUCUUUAUUCAAUUUUUGUUCCACAUUAAACGUGAAUAUGAAUUUACGUCAGUUCAAUUUUUAUGACAAAAUGUAAAUAUACUAUUUAAGGUUUUAUAAAAAUAAGUAUAUCUUUUUUCUUAAUGUGAUUAUGUCCAGAGACUACAUCAGCAUAGUCUUUUUUAAUUUCCAAACAGUCAUUUUUAAGACAAAUUACGAUUGAAUUGUAAUAAUCAUUUGCAGUGUAUUUUACACUUCAAUGCAAAUACUUAUAGUGCUACAACAAAGUAAUCGUAUUAAAUAAUAAAAAAAAUAUUUUGUGAUUCAAAGUUUAUAUUUAUGAUAAAAAAGUUGUCGUAAAAUUGUUUGGCCUGCAAUGACCUAAGUGAAGCUUAGGCUGUGAAUAUAUUUGAGUAUUAUCAUUUGUAAAUAAAAAGAUUUUCUUUAAUUAAUAAUUACUAUUACUGAGUCACAUACCUGUGACAUUCAACUGA